AACGGGAAGAAACUAAAAAGCAGCGACGGGAAAGCCGAAGGAGAGUGACGUAAUCAGAACGCGCUACAAAGGCGCGAGGCUCUAACGGAACUCUAUGGUGGUGUCAGGCGCCUUUUUUGACAAUCGGAUAAACGGUUCUUGGUGUUGGAGAAGAAGGCGCCUGCGCUUAGGACUAAUUAUUAUGGCGUCGGUGGUCCUAAGCGAGGCGGAAAAGAUUUACAUCAUGCAUGGUGUCCAGGAAGAUCUUCGAGUUGAUGGCCGUGGCUGUGAAGAUUAUAGAUGUAUAGAAGUGGAAACAGAUGUGACAUCUAAUACAAGUGGAUCUGCUAGAGUAAAACUUGGACACACAGACAUCCUGGUUGGAGUCAAGGCAGAAAUGGGAACACCAAAGCUGGAGAAACCAAAUGAAGGCUGCUUGGAAUUCUUUGUUGAUUGUUCAGCAAAUGCUACUCCAGAAUUUGAAGGACGUGGUGGUGAAGAACUUAGCACUGAGAUCGCAAAUACCCUCUAUAGGAUAUUUAAUAAUGAGAGCAGUAUCGACUUGAAAACCCUCUGUAUUAAUCCCAGACAGCAUUGCUGGAUACUUUAUGUUGAUGUUUUGUUAUUGGAGUGUGGUGGUAACUUGUUCGAUGCCAUCUCAAUUGCAGUGAAGGCAGCACUCUUUAAUACCAGGAUCCCCAAAGUACGUGUUUUGGAGGAUGAAGGAGGACAUGAAAUUGAACUGUCUGAUGAUCCUUUUGAUUGUCUUCGACUCAAUGUUUAUAAUAUUCCUUGUAUUGUUACCUUAAGCAAAAUUGGCUAUAGACAUGUGGUCGACGCCACUCUUCAGGAAGAAGCAUGUUCCUUGGCUAGCCUCCUUAUUUCUGUAACAAGUCAGGGUAUUAUCACUUGCAUGAAAAAAGUGGGAAGAGGGAGCCUUGACCCAGAAAGCAUUUUUGAGAUAAUGGAGACUGGAAAAAGAGUAGGCAAAUUGCUGCACACCUCCUUGCAAGCUAUUUUAGAUAAAGAAGAGAGUCUUGGAACAGCACAAAAAAAAGUUGGAUUUCUGGGAUGAGUGCCAUCAUCAACUUCAAUCAGUUGAAUUUUUACUUAAAAGUGUGUGUUUAUUGGUUUGUUUGUUUCUACAGAAUUCAAUAUAUUUUAAAUAAAGGAUUACUCAUA